AUGACUAUGAAGUAUAAAUCGUUCUAUUAUUAAGGCAUCUUGCUUCUCAUGUUGAGCCAUAAUUGCUGACUGAAAAGGAAGAAACAUUUUCUCUAAUAUUACCAAGGGAUUUCUAUUAUUUCUAACACUUCUUUGCACAAAUAAAUCAAAAUCCUCAAUUAAACUAAUCAAGCAAUAAUUAAGGUUCUUAUGACUUAAACUUAUGA